AUGCAUGGGGUGCUAAAGAUAUCGUCUUUCUCAUCAUCAUCAUCAUCAUCAUUCAGACGCGUAUACCGCGACGACUCGUAUUACCACCACUCGAGAAAAAACGCUCUCCUUCUCUCGAGGAAGAGGACGCUUUUAUUACCGCGAAGCGUUUCAGCGGCACAAAAUAUAUCCGAAAACAACGCGGUGAUGACCACCAAAACCACUUUUAACGAGAAGCGUGACGACGACGUGAACAACGGGAAGGAGGAGAAAAAGAAUGCUACGAAAAGUAAAACGUUUACGUUGCGACCGAAAGAAAAGCACGGCAUGAAUAGAAAGGCGAGAUACGUGACUUUACAUUUCUUACGCCACGCGGAAGGGACGCACAACGUUUCCAGAGAAUACAACGAUCCGAAACAUAAGGACGCGAGAUUGACGGAUUUUGGUAUACAGCAGUGCGAGAAGUUGGCGAAAGCGCAGCCUUUGUUGUUGGAAUCAAAGUCAUCAAAGAAGAAGAAGAUGACGGUGGCGACGUCGCCGAUGACGAGGUGCGUGCAAACCGCGCGUUUAUGUUUCGAUAAAGAGUCGCACAUGAUUACGGAAAAAUACGUCGCUUUAGAGGAGUUGCGGGAAACGGUCAACUAUCAGUGCGAUAUUCGGAGGACGACGUCAGAGUUGAAGGAAGAGUUUGGCGCGAGCGUGGAUUUCUCUCGAUUAGAAAACUACGAGGAAGAUCCUUUGUGGCAGUAUUGGAUCGAGAGGUGCGGAUCCGAGGAAGAGCACACGAUGCACAGAGAGAGCGCUUCCUUGUAUAAGUGCGCGGAUAGGGCGAGGAAAUUCUUCGAAUGGGUGGUCGAGAAAAAAGCAGAUACAGAAGAAGAGAUUAUCGUCAGUUCGCACUCGGCGUUUCUUCGCUGCGUGUUUAAUUACGGUCACACGCAAGAAAAGUUCGAGUAUCACAUGGGAGGGUCGGAGCAAGUAUUCGACGAUCGAGAAGACAAAACAAACAACGUAAAAGUUGUCCAGUAUUUGCCGGAAGACGGCGACGCGUUCGAGGAGUACAUGCGGAGAGAUUACGAGAAUUGCGAGUUACGGUCAGCCGUGUUGGAAAUUCUUUGA